AUGUCUAACGUCAAGGCCGGUGACAGCUUCGCCCAGGAUGUGGUCUUCUCCUACAUCCCCUGGUCCGAGGAUGCUAGCGAGAUCACCUCUUGCGGUAUCCCCAUCAACUACUACGCCUCCAAGGAGUGGGCCAACAAGAAGGUCAUCCUCUUCGCUCUGCCCGGUGCUUUCACCCCUGUCUGCUCCGCCAACCACGUUCCCGAGUACAUUGCCAAGCUCCCCGAGCUCCGCGCCAAGGGUGUUGACCAGGUUGCCGUCCUCGCCUACAACGAUGCCUACGUCAUGAGCGCCUGGGGCAAGGCCAACGGUGUUACCGGUGAUGACAUUCUCUUCCUCUCCGACCCCGAGGCCAAGUUCUCCAAGUCCAUCGGCUGGGCUGAUGCUGAGGGCCGUACCUACCGUUACGCUCUCAUCAUUGAGAACGGCAAGAUCACCUACGCCGCUAAGGAGGCUGCUAAGAACGUUCUCGAGGUUACCUCCGCCGAGCACAUCUACAAGCAGCUGUAA